UCAUGUCAUCAGGACACUUGCAUGUGGGUACCCCUGCUGGACAACUGGGCAUGCCGCUCCUCUGCUGGCCUCAGCCAGUCAGCCUCCUGGAGCUCCUCGGCUGCCCACACCCACUCUGGAGACACCACCCAAAGCGAGCAGACCUCAGGUAUGCACACCAGCAUCAGCGAGAUCCUGAAGGAGAAAAGUCUAAAGCCGUCCCGCCGCAGUUUGCCCUGCCUGGCCCAGAGUCAAACCCAUCCCAUCAACCUCAACCACUUCCUGUCUGUACCUCUGAGCCCGGAGCCCAAAGCUCAAGCGGAGGUUCUGAGUCAGAGCAUUAGCACCUCCUGCAGUCUCCUGCCGCCGCAGACAGCAGAGGAUGGUAAGGAUGACUACACGGAGGAGUCGGAAGCAACUCCUCCAUGUGAAACCAGAACAGACGGGUCACUUUUGCCCCGAAAAGCCAGCACACGAGCUAAGCUGGAGGCCCGCACAGAUUCCGUCAAGAGCAGGAAUCCAUCAGAUGCAUCUGGACUCUUCUUCCGGGAUGGGAAAAAGCGCAUUGACUACAUCCUGGUUUAUAGAAAGUCCAGUCCGCUAGUAGAGAAGAGAUGCACCUUUGAGAAGAAUUUACGUGCUCAGGGCCUAAUGCUGGAAAAGGAGCCUUCCUUGACGAACAAUGACAUCAUGUUCGUCAAAGUCCACACUCCCUGGGACACACUUUGCAAAUAUGCAGAGCAGAUGAACAUCCGGAUGCCUUUCAGGAAAAAAUCCCACUUUACAGACUGGAAAAGCAAAACGUUGGGCAGCCGCUUUCAUCUGAGAUGUCGGCAGAUCAAGAGCUGGCUUCCCAGAAAUCCCAUGAAGCUGGACAAGGAAGCACUGCCUGACCUGGAGGAGACCGACUGCUACACUGCCCCCUUCAGUCGAGCACGCAUGCAUCACUUCACUAUCAACAACAGAGAGAGCUUCUUUUCCAACUCGACCAGAAGCAGAAUCGUCCACCAUGUCCUGCAGCGCACUAAGUAUGAGGAUGGAAAGUUAAAAAUAGGUAUCAACCGAUUAUUGGGCAACAACACGUACGAGGCUGCCUUCCCUCCACACGAGGGUGGUUACAAAAGCCGACAUCCCAUCAAGACACAUGGUGCCCAGAACCACAGGCACCUUCUUUAUGAGCGCUGGGCUCGUUGGGGGAUCUGGUACAAAUACCAACCUCUGGACCUCAUCAGACGCUACUUCGGAGAGAAAAUCGGUCUUUAUUUUGCGUGGUUGGGCUGGUACACCGGCAUGUUGAUCCCCGCUGCUCUGGUUGGCGUCUUUGUCUUCCUCUACGGACUCUUCACCAUGGACUCCAGCCAAGUCAGCAAAGAAAUUUGCGAAGCAACCACAAUCACGAUGUGUCCAAUGUGUGAGGAGACCUGCAAGCCGUGGAGGCUGAGUGACAGCUGCGUUUAUGCAAAGGUGACCCAUCUGUUUGAUAACGGUGGCACCGUUUUCUUCGCUAUCUUCAUGGCUAUCUGGGCCACUGUCUUCUUGGAAUUCUGGAAACGGAGGAGAGCCGAACUGACUUACGACUGGGAUCUCAUUGACUGGGAGGAGGAGGAGGAGGAGCUCCGGCCCCAGUUUGAAGCCAAAUAUUCCAGAGUGGAGCGGGUCAAUCCCGUAUCUGGCAAGCCCGAGCCUUUCCAGCCUCUCUCAGACAAGCUCAGCCGGCUCAUGGUAUCUGUGUCCGGAAUAUUCUUCAUGAUUUCGCUGGUCCUGACAGCCGUGUUUGCCGUGGUAGUUUUCCGUCUGAUUGCCAUGGAGAAGUUUGCAUCAUUCAACUGGCAUUUUGUGAAGAAGAACUGGCAGUUUGCCACCUCUGGCACUGGCGUCUGCAUCAACUUCAUGAUCAUCAUGUCUCUCAACGUGGUGUAUGAAAAAGUGGCCUAUCUGCUGACAAAUUUAGAACAUCCAAGGACAGAAUCUGAAUGGGAGAACAGUUUUGCUCUCAAGAUGUUCCUCUUCCAAUUCGUAAACUUGAACAGUUCCACCUUUUACAUUGCAUUCUUCUUGGGAAGGUUUGCCGGCAGGCCUGGAAAAUACAAUAAACUCUUUAAUCGGUGGCGACUGGAGGAGUGUCACCCGAGUGGCUGUUUGAUUGAUCUGUGCCUGCAAAUGGGCGUCAUUAUGUUCUUCAAACAAAUCUGGAAUAACUUCAUGGAGCUUGGUUAUCCUUUGCUGCAGAACUGGUGGUCUCGUAGGAAGAUGAAGAAAGGUGGUGGUGCUGCAGGGCAGAAUGUGGAGAAUAAAAGUCAGCUACCUCAGUGGGAUAAGGACUGGAAUCUGCAGCCCAUGAACGCACACGGUCUCGUGGACGAGUACCUAGAAAUGGUCCUCCAGUUUGGCUUCACUACCAUCUUCGUAGCUGCGUUUCCGUUGGCUCCGCUCCUGGCUUUGCUCAACAACAUCAUCGAGAUCCGUCUGGACGCUUACAAAUUUGUCACCCAGUGGAGGAGACCCAUGCCUGCCCGGGCCACAGACAUCGGUAUCUGGCACGGGAUCCUUGAAGGUAUCGGCGUGCUCGCUGUCAUCACCAACGCCUUUGUCAUCGCCAUCACCUCAGACUACAUCCCUCGAUUUGUAUAUGCCUUCAAAUAUGGCCCCUGCAUGGACAGGGCGUACCGCCAUGACGACAAGUGUUUGCGAGGGUACAUGAAUAGCAGCCUUUCUGUUUUUGAUAUGAGUGUGCUGAAGAACAGCAGCGAGCCGGAAUACUGUUGGUAUCGAGACUACAGAGCCCCACCCUGGAGCAAGGUGCCCUACGAGUUCACUCUGCAGUUCUGGCACGUCCUGGCUGCCAGACUGGCCUUCAUCAUUGUCUUCGAGCACCUGGUGUUUGGCAUCAAGUCCUUCAUUGCGUACCUCAUUCCGGACAUGCCCAAGGACCUUUGUGACCGAAUGCGCAGAGAAAAGUACCUCAUGCAGGAGAUGAUGUACGAGGCGGAGCUGGAGCACCUGCAGAAGCAGCGGAAGAAGAACGGACUGCGUUAUCACCACGAGUGGCCUUAACUUUUCAACCCCCUCUCAUGUGUCCAGCCAACGUCUAUUUCACCUUCGGCAGAUUCACCAAAGACUUCCCAUGUGACACCCCCGCCACUUUAAAGCUGCUUCACCGUGAACACUCCCUCCCUCGCCAUCUGUUGCCGAGUUGGCGCCGCCCUCGUGUUCCAACACCCUUCCCGAUCCAUCACCUGGCUUCCUGCGGCAGCAUCUCCCGCAGCCCCCUCCCCCUCCCUUCUGCUGCAUCUCGUGGCCUCACUACCACUGUAAUGUUUACUAUGCAGGAGAAGGGCUGCAGCGGUUCACUUGGUCAGCCAUCUUGCACCCUUCUCUUUCCGUGUGGCAGCUAGCACCUCGUCUGCUUAGACUCGCUGCAUGUUUUUCGUUUUCUUCGCCGAGCGUUUGCAGUUCCUGCUCGUUUCCAAACGGGACGGACGAGGUUCCUGCAAAGCGACUGUAAACGGCCCUCUAAGCAUGCUGAAUACUCUUUGUGGCAAGAUGUAAAAAAAGCAACAGCACUCAACAUGGGGAAUUGUCUACAGCAGCCUAGAAAGUGCAUGGUAGUGUUGUUGUUGUAUCCCUACUCGGUGCCUGGUUUGUUUGUUUGGUGUGCUACUGCCUACCGAGCUCGACUGCCUUGAGUUCGCAGGAUGUGAAUUUUUAGCGAUAUGAUUGUGCCUACAGUUGUGCGCCGACAUCACGUGUGCCUGUUUGUGCUGCACGUGCGCUUUCAAGUGCAACAAGUCUUCUCUUAACGCGUUCUGCUCCUGAGCGGUUUUUGUUUUGGACGAGAGUCACACACUUAGGUAGCCGCUGCGGUUCUGAAACAACAACGUCCGUUGAAACGUAACUGCGACGUAUGCACGCAGGAGCCGCAAAUCUGCUUUUCCCCUCGUUCUACGCUCAUGGCCUGUUUUUCAUUUGUUAUUGGAAGGGCUGGAGUAUGGUUGAAACUUGGAUCGUUUGGACAUACCUGUGGCUUGGAUGUUCACUGCACAAAGAACAUCGAUCCGCUGCCACAGGAAGAAAAAAAGAAAAUCAUUUCUUCUCGAGUAAAGAAUGCCAGCCAAGUGCAGUUUUGACUCCGCUGUGAUGCUAAUUGUUUUGAAAUUUGGUCGGUUCAAAGGAAAGCCGCCUGGCAUUGUCUUUGCUCAUUCAUGACUUGGAAGAUCAGAGUGGCACAUUUUGAGGCCAAACCACAUGCACUCAAUUACAACGUAAAAUAUACUGUCAAAUUUCCAGUCAAAAUACGUCCGGAUACUUACUUUUUUUUUUUUUUUUUUAACUCUUUUGUUUUAAUCUGGAAGGGGAAAAAAAGAUUUUAAUGUUAUCACAGAUGCAAGAACAAACACCAGGCCAGUCCAACAAUACUAUUGUUGCUUUAAAUCCUUUUCUAUCCCACUAUUAUUUCUUGUGUUAUGGGUAAUAACUUUCCAUUUUGAUUGGAAACAAGACAAGUAUAUUUGUUUGACCUUUACCUCAAAGUGUGGAAUGAAAUGGUAAAAAAAGAGAUAUUUUUAAGACCUCAGUUUGCGUUAUAAAUUUUCCACAUUUACACGAAACAAACAAAGAAUAAAAAUAAAAUAUUUUAUCACUGAUGUUGGGGGAAAAAAUUCUACGAUUUAUUUUUUGUAAGUAAUCCAAUUAUGUUGCUAUUCUAUGUGUUCAUUUUUCUGUUAAUUUAUUUUUGCUAUUUGUACUCACUCACCAAUGUCUUGUUUGCAUUUCUCAGGUGUCCUCUGAAUGCUUGCUGAUGAUUGUUUUCAAUCACAUUUUCUACAAAACAAUCAAAUGGUGAAUAUGCAAUGAUGCAUCCACCUACAUGAUGUGUUUUGGGUUUAGUGAGGUAAUCCUAAUCAUGCAUAUUCAUUCUGACAUUUAAUCACCUCUAAAAAACAUUGACAAAAAACAGAUUGCUUUCAUUGUAUUCUAUCAGAAAAUGUCAUUUAAAAUAUGUUGUUGUUUUUCCCGCUAGUGACUAAUUGUUCGAAAGCUACUUCGGGUUCCCUGCUAUGUGAAGAUUGAAAAUCUAUGCAUGUUGUAAUUCUUGUACAGUCCAAUUUGCAUGAUUUAGUGCCUCCUUUUGGCAGCGCUAACAUCAAUAAGUCUAUCUUAAACAUAUCACAAACACAUUUCAGUACUGAUGAUUUUAGAAAGUCCGGGCCAGACACAUAUUUCGUGGAGGAAGUGAAUUUUAUACAAUGCGGCUAUUUUCUAAAUUUAAAAAAACUAACUAUGAUUAAAUCUGUUCAAUAAUAAGUUUGGUAAAUUGAAACCAUCUUAAAUUAAUUGUUUAUAUUGGUUUUCUGUCCCCCCCCCCCCCCAAACAAUCAUGGCUGAGCUCCCUAACACAAGUAUGAAGUCGCCACACUGAAAGAAAAGUUUUCCUAAUGCCUCCUACCGCUGUUGGCAAUAGCACAAUGUGAGUAUUGUAAUGAUUCGUAAUAACAGCUUGACAGUGCACUCUCUUAAAACUUGGAGUGGAAUUUAUUUGAGAAGUGGAUGCACAGACACAAAAGUAUUAGGGCAGACAUUUUGUUGAGCGGUGACUUGAGUGUAUUAGUAACAUGGUUUACUUGGUUCUUGUUUACAUGUAAAAAAAAAAAAAGAUCUAUAUAAAUAUUGAAAUGUAAAAAAAACAUUGUAAAAUAAGAAGAUUUGGAUAUCACUCUUUUCUGUAAUAAAUCAUGGAUUGUAUCUUUUAAAUUUCAA